GUCAUCACCGUGGGCCCGGAAAAGCGACGACGAGUCUAGCCGUCGCCUCGGCUUGUCACUUCUCUGAUUUUCAAGUAAUUUUUCAUUCCCUCCUCCAAGGAUCGGAAUAAACGAUUUACCCUCUGGUGAGCGAUUAGGCAGAUUUUCCAUCACCUCGUGGUUCAGAGCAACAUUUGGGUACCAUGGCGUCUCCAGGGGGACAAGGUGGAGGAGCUCUGUCCACCAGAGGAGGGGUUGGGGCCAGGCGGAUGAAGUGGGCUCUGGAACUGAGUGUGGGCAACACCAGGACUCGUGGUGAUCGGCAAGGCGGCCAGGGAGACGUGGUGUACCCCAUCGGCUAUUCUGAGAAACCGGUUCCUGACACCAGCAUCCAGGAGACGGACAAGAAUCUGGUGGAGAAGCGUUGCUGGGACGUGGCCCUGGGUCCCCUAAAACAGAUCCCCAUGAACCUGUUCAUCAUGUACAUGUCAGGCAACACCAUCUCCAUCUUUCCCAUCAUGAUGGUCUGCAUGAUGGCCUGGAGGCCCAUACAGGCGCUCAUGUCCAUGUCUGCCACCUUCAAGCUUUUAGAGAGCUCCAGUCAGCAGUGGCUUCAGGGAUUGGUCUACCUUGUCGGCAACCUCUUGGGCUCGGCGUUAGCCAUCUACAAGUGUCAGUCGAUGGGACUCCUGCCAACACACUCGUCUGACUGGCUGGCCUUCAUAGAACCGCCUCAGAGAAUGGAGAUCAUGGGCGGAGGGAUGGUGUUGUGAGGAGGAUGAGACAUACAGACACUGAUGUUAGAAUUUAAAAACGAUGUUGAAAAGAACGACAGUCAACUUUAACUCUCACCCAUAACAGUCUGGGUUUUUUUUCCUUUUUUUAAAUUUUGGACUCCUAAUAGAGAUUUCAAAGCCAGCAGUCAGUCUUGUUGACUCGUCGCUGUCGUCCAUAAGUUUCAUCUUUAAUAACAGGACAUGUACUGCAAAGUAUAAAUUCACAGCAAGGGAAUAGUUUGAAAAGUUUGAUUUAAAAAGAAAAUAUAUAUGUAUAUAUAUUUUUGCGUGGUAAUUUUCAAAUUAAUUUCAUUAUCUGUUGAGGAUCCGGUCGGUAAUCCAAGGAUGAACGUUAUCUACAUUAGUUGCCAUCAUUUGCACCAGACGUCUGCUGUGAAUUUUCUUCAUAAGAGGUGAUUUUGUUUUCUUUUCUCUAUUCAGUUUCCAAUGCUGAAUAAUGACAUUUGGAAAGAAACUCUUCAUUUUGCCAGCAAGCAUGAUUUAAGCGCGCAAGUGUACCAUAUUUGCUAACGAUAGGUCUUUUCCACAAAAUAUUACCUGAAAUUAACUGUUUUAUUUAUACUGAUUUGUUUUAUGAAAAUGUUCUAUGAAAUAAAUCCUUAUUGGUGGAAUUGAAUACAUUGUUUCAAUAAAUGUGUCAAAAGGUGUUCAAGGAAUU